AUCCGAGCGACACGUGGAAUUCUUAUUGUUAUAGACUUACAAGGUCGAGUUGGUCGUCUAAUUACUGGUACUGAAUUUGAAUCGGUAUUCUGUGAGGGAAUCGUGCUCUAGCCUUGUAGGAAUUCCAUCAACGAGUUUGCAUGUAAUUCUAAAAUUCUCCGACCAGUUCCCAUUCGGUUCGGUGUGUACGUCCAUUGGUACAUCGGCUACGAUGGUUAUCCCCGUUGGACCGCGCUUUUUUAUUUAAUAUUUGUUCUACGGCUUGCAAAUUUCUCGAGGCUUAAGUUAUUUCUAAGUAUAGCCAUAAAUAAAAGUAAGGAAGUUAUUUCUAAUAUAUUUGGUAAAGGAGCGGAAUACUGGAAAAUUGGAGCGUCGCUAAUUUAUCGGGAAGAUCUUCGAAAGCUUUUUGUUGCUUAGUGUUUCAUUUUAAUUCUGCGUUUUUGCUGGCUAAAUCGGACAACGGAUUGUUGAUUUUCGCGAAGUCUGAUAAAUUUUCAAUAAUAUCCGGCAAGUCCUAAACAUUCUUUUACAUUUUUGACUUUUUGGUAACGUUAAAAAUUGUACAGCUUCUAUUUUGCUUGAAUCGGGUUUUACACGUUUUGCACAAAUUAUGUGUCCGAGAUAAUUGCUAAAACCAUUCUUUUCAUGCAAAUACAUAGGAUUCAUGUGUUAAGGCAACCGGGAAACGUCUCAUCGAAUGCAAGGUUGCAAAGUGCAAAAACUCUAAAGGCGUGAAGAUGGUAAGACAAAGCUAAAGACAAUAUUGGGUCGAGCUUACUAGUACGAAAGUUAGCCUAGUUAUGAAAAAUGCUGCCAUCACAUUUAAUAUAGAAAUAUAGUUCCUCAUCGUAAAAUGUAUUUUCGCGGGUUUGACAUCGGAUUAAUUUAGGACAAUGCCGCAAGAGGGUAGACCGUGGCGCAUUGAUGCCAUUGGAUUUUUAAAGGAUAUGAUUUCUCACUAGUUGGCUGUUGUCUGUGUCCAACCAACUUCAAACUUCAUUAAGACAUUCCCACGGACAUUCCUCUGGCACAUCUCCCCAUAGGGGGAGUCAGCCAUAAAGGAAAGGAAAGGAGAGGAAAGGAAGUCAUUCCGUAGCAUUUUCCUUGUUCUCUAACUGCUGGCGGUAUUAUGACAUCCGUGUUACCCGUGAAGGGAUACAUGGAUUCAACAAAUGGGCCAAAACCUGUUGCUGGGCAGCUGCAGCAGCAGCCACAGCCACAGCAACAGCAGCAACCACAACAAACGCAACAGCAACAACAACAAAAUAUCGUGCCACAACAGCAAUCGCAACAACAGCCUAGUAAUGGUAUUAAUAUGGAAAUAGGAAUGGAUAAGGGUAAAGAAUGGCAAAUGGAACUGCUUAUGGAAAAACUACGUUCCAAAGCUUCUACUUUCAAGUCUUUUGUAGAAACAGCAAGAAACUUGCGAAUGGCUAUGUUGGACAAACGUUUUGCUGUUGACAGUGUGGAAAAGAAUCAACUUCAGAAAUGUUUGGAUACUUUGCAGCACUCUAUAAAAGUUACUUCUUUACAAUCAAUGGUAGAACGUUUGGAGAGUCUUACCAGGCAAUUGGGAUUAAAAUUUAUGAUUCCUGGGCCACCUGGUACAGAAGUUUUCAUAUCCUCUGAUAUGUUCUUCUUAGAAGUGAUUUUGGAACCCAGUGGUGCAGUGAAUGACGUUAAGAUUCAUCACGAAGGCAAAAAUGAACCACAGAGUUGCGAGGAGCUGGUUGCCUGUCUAUCACAUGGUGAUUUUGUGGAUUUUACAACACAACUGGAAGGUUUUACAUCAAUAUACCAGUUGAAUGCAGACAAGAAGGUGAAGUGCAAGGCAUUUAGUGCUUUACAAUCACUCGAGACAGAUUUGGGUGUUCUUGCUCAACUACAAACAUUCAUAAAGGAGCCUUUCAACCUUGUACACAAAAGUCCAGUUGGAAUUCUAGAGCGACGAAGAGGCGGCCACGCAAUGCGAUUAACUUACUUCGUAUCACCGUAUGACUUGAUAGAUCGUGAGAAUCGUAGUAGCAUGAUGCUAACUGCGGAUGCCGUGAUCACUCGUAAGGUUGGCCAUUCCGUGACUGUCUGUAUGGAGGGCUCCACCUCUCACAAGCUACCGACGACAAGCAUCAUUGCUGUUAAUCGGAGUCCUACGGGAAAAAGCACGCCUUCAUAUGCUCCACUGACAAGCUCAAAUUCCUCGAUGCUACCUGCUUGCUUCGUUCUCAAACUGGCGAAGAAGAUGCCCAUGUGCUUGGAGCUAGUGCGGCGAAUCCAGAAGGUCACAGAAUUAGAGUGCGGUGACGUUUCUACACCGCAACCUUUAUUAAGCCUAAUAGUACAGCAUGCUAGCGACGGACAACUCGAUUGCCACAAUAACAGAGGGCUAUAUGUGACUCUACCGGAUCAACAACACUGCUACUUCAUGACAGGGAAUAAGAAUAUGGAGGGUGUUCUUGUAAGCAGCAUUCCUUUUACACAUCCUGCUCACGUACCGCAGAUUCUCGUAUACUUGAGACAACAGGCUCUAUUUAACUCACUUUUGGCAAGCUGCGUGAGACCAAUGGCUCGACAGGAUCUUGAACACACGACCAUGUUCGAAGUCAGUGCGCUCUCUUGGCAACAUAUUGCUGUCAGUCUAGAGCAUCCUUUUGAGGAGUCCAUGGCCACGGCGGAACUUGAUCUCACGGAUAUUUCAAUGCUGAAAUGUAAACUAUACGGCGUUUGUUUGACUAAUACGGAGCAAACCUCGGAAAUGAUUGGGAAAGUAUUGCAAAGGUGCCUGAGCAUUCCUGUAACUAUGAGGACUCUUAUCAAGACUUGGGAGGGCCGGAAUACGUCCUUGUCGAAUAACAGCAUUAUAGCUGGAGGAUUAAGUGGUAGCGGCGGAGGGGGAGGUGGGGGCGGAGGAGGGGGAGGUGGUAGUGGUGGAAGUGGAUCUGGCAAUGGUGGUGGAUUAGGUGGUGGAAACGGUACUGCUACUGGAAAUUACGGCCAAAUGAAUAUGGGUUCAGGAAGGGAUCAAAAUGGUCACAUUAAUGGCUCUGGAUUGUCGGAUUUUAAUAAUGGAGAUAUAAAUAUCAAGCAAGAGAAUGGCAGCCUCAGUGCAUGCGUUGGCGGUGGAAGUGUUAUUGCUGUUAAACAACAAUCUUCUCAGCAGUCUUUUUUAGAUGCCGGAGCGGAGAAUAGUAUCGGUUUUCCGUCAUAUUCCGGCCAAUCCGAUACAAACAGCAGCGGUAUGCUGAAUCCUCUACAACUGGGUGCAUUACUCGGCCAAACAAAAAACUCAUCAGGAAAUUUGUCCAGUACUUUAUUAACAAAUGCAGAACGUCCUAAAAAAAGUCGAAAGAGAAAGACUGCUGCAGCAGCCGCUGCUGCUGCGGCUGCUGCUGCCGCAGCUGCAGCAGCUGACUGUCUCUGGCGAAGUCCUAAACGAAAGGGAGAAGACCCGGGAGAAAUACUCCUCGAAAGUUCAAGUUCUGAUUCGACGCCACUUGGAACACCAACAGGGGGCGGUGCUGGGGGUACUGUAAGUAGAGAAAACCCAAACGAGGUGAGGACACCGACACCAACAUCAGUGGCCAGUAUUGCUACUAGCGGACUAGACCUAUCAAAUGCUGACGCUGCUGAUUUAGUUAAUACAGACAAAAGUUCAGAUUAUGAUCUUGAUAAUGAGAAUGAGAUCAUGGAAGUACACGAGCUCCAGGACGUCGAAGAGCUUCUUAAACGUGAGCGCAAAACAAAGAAACGGGAAGAGAAGAAAAGUCCAAAUAUCUUUGAGGACAAUAAGGGCCUGGUACCACCCUCAGUGAGCAUAACACCAAUAUCUGGCAGUGGAAUUAGUCAGAAUUCGAGUUAUAAUUCUGUACUGACUGGUAUGGGAUUAGAGCGACGACCAGGUAUUGAAAUUAUUCCUAUCGCCUCAUCGGCUCAAGCUACCUUACCCAGUUCUAUUACAAUUACACCAAUUGCGGCACCAUCCAGCAAGACUAAUCUCACGGAUGAACGCAGGGAUAGAAAAAGUUCAAAAAGCAAGACUGAUGACAAAAGUAAGCUUGAGAAGAAAAGAAAGCGGAAGCGUGAAGAUAGUCCAAUGGGCCCACCGGAUAAAUUACCACCUAAACAGCAGCAACAACAGCAACAGCAACAAUCAACAGCUACUCAAUUGCAACAGCAUCACCAUCACCAUCAUCAUCACCAGCAGCAACAACCGCAACCGCAAAUACAGCAGCAACAGUCACAACAGCAGCAGCAGCAACAACAGGAUCCUCUUACAAAAGCAGUUUCUCUAAGUAUAAAAUCAAGCGAAUCACCUCCCAAUAUAAGUUCGCGACCUUCCUCGCCUUCGACAACUUUACGUAAGUUCAGUUCGUCCCCAUCACCAACUCACGCUAGUCCUCUAGCUUUGAUGGGCAAAUCAAGUCCUACUCUAAAACAACCGGUGAAUAAGCCUAUUCAGAGUCCGAAACAUUCGCCAGUAUAUAAUAGCCCAAAACACACGCCAGUGCCAACAUCGGCGAGUGUCAGUCCGAAGCAGGGGAGUAUAUCUUCUCCAAAGCAUGGAAGCUCCACCAGUGCAGGAAAACCAAGUAUGUCUGCUCUUAAGUCAGCUGCAAAUUCUCCAUCAAAUAAAAGUACUAGUGAUGGAUCGACGUUGAAGACCAAAUCAUCCGGAAAGGAUUCUACGAGAGAAUCUAAGGAGCGAAAGGGAUCUUCUUUGAGCUUUGCGGGAUCGGGACGUCAAAGCCCUAAAAACAAGUCUUCCUCCAGUGGGAAAUUGAAACAACUGGAAUUGGUUAAUGUUGUGGGUCCGGAACUAUCAGGGACGGGUACAGGUGCAAGUACAUCUCUACCUGGCAGUGGUGAAAAUACGCCGCCGUCCAGUGGUUCCGAUUUUAGUAAAUCAGCGAGUGCCCAGCAACAAGCCAGAAAUAGGAAGGGUUCGCUUAGUGCGGUUAUCGACAAAUUAAAGAACGCUCAGCAUUGUACGGAUGACAAUACUAACGGUUCCUCCAGAAGCGCUCCCGCAGGAGCUGGCCCGGGUUCCGGGGGCAGUACUACAGGUAGUGGUACUUCAGGCCCAACCGGUGGUACUGUAGGAAUGCCGGUUCUGGGUAUGGGAGUCGGUGGAAAUACGAGCUCCUCUCAAAAAGAAAGGAUGCCCUCGAAUAAAGUAUCCGAUGGUAAGAACCUCAGCGGAAAAUCGGGGUCAGGAACGUCGGCAUCAGGGUCAGCAACUCUUGGUAUGGAAACAAAAAAUCCAGCUGAGUACAUGGUAAAGCAUAGUUCUGACGUGAUGAAGAUUACAAUCAACAAGACACGAACAAAAGACUCAAGAACGAGUAGCAGCAGCUUAAAAAUAUCUUCUAGUUCAACGUCAUCGUCUGGUUCGGGUAAUGGCUCGCCCAAGACUCACACAGGACUAAAACCUGGUGUGAAUUCGGGUCCAGCCUCGAAAAAGCCCCAAUCUCAGGUCUCACCGAAAUUAGGAAGUAGCACAGGUAGCAAAGGCAGUUCUGGCCUCUCAAGCCAAAAGAUCCCAUCCUCCGGGAAGUCAUCAUCUGGAGGAAAUGGAAGUGGCGCUAGUGGCGCAUCCGGUACAGGUACAUCUGGCAGUAGCAAUGUCAGCAGCCUAUUAACAAAAGGUCUCUCAAAGUCUUCAUCAGGUUCGCCAAAGACUUCAGGCGUCGGCGGUGCUACCGACCUGAGCCGCAGUCGCGACAAAUCCAGAAUGCCGAAACUCGGUGACAAAAGUUUAUUCGGCACGAAGAGCUCUGAUGCGAGGAAGUCAAGUCCGUCUGGUCUACGCGAGGAAAGCGACAGCGAGAGGGCAUUCAAGGUAUUAGCUGCGCAUGCCUCAAUGCCAUCAUUACCAGGUCUUGCGCCGCAGUUUAUCGUCGAGGGUGCGAGGAAACAAUUUGACACCAAGUUUCAAAUACCAAAACUCUCAGCGAGAGCAAACGCUAGUAACGUCGACUCCGCUGAGAAGAAAUUGCAGCCACAAACUGAGAACAAGAUAACAUUAUCUCAUUUACCUGAAUCCAAUACCGGAAGUAAUCGAAGUGACGUCACCAAGCUACUGGAUACUCUUUCCGGUCAAAAAUCGGACCAAUCAAAACUUCAGCCUCUCGCGAAUGCUCUCUCCACAAGUCAUGGUAUUCGAGAUGGUAUUCAUUCUAUUCCUAAUACUCUCUCCAUAUCCAGUGCCAUGCCUAAUAGUCUCUCCAAUACUUUAUCUAAUACUAAAGCCCAAGAGAUACAGGAAAGACGGGAUCAAAGCCACUCCAAGUUGGAUAAUCUGCCAGCAACUUCGAUACCAAUCACUGUAGGAAACCCCAUUGCUACUGCUACCGUCACGGUAACAACUGUUCCCAGUGCAACUGCUACUACCACUCUCACUACUACUCCUGCUUCCAGUACUACAGGCCUGAUGUUACCACCAUCAGUCUCGAGCCAAUUGGUACCAACAACUAUAGCUGUUACUACACCUACCUGUGCAAGUUCUAGUCCUAAUAUUACCUGUGGUAGCUCAAUUGCUACUACGACACUUAGCAGCAACAUGAGUAUCAAUAGCAGUAGUAGUGCUUCUGUAACUCUAGAUGUUGAAGUACCAACAAAUCUAUCGAUGCAGCAACCUAACGACUGCAUAGCAGAUUCUCGAGAGAUUUGUAAGGAAACAUUGGUACAUGCGCCUCCUAGGACUCUAUCACAAUACCUGAAUUGUACAACGAGCACAGGCAAGGAUGAUAUUCCUAAUUUGGCCAAAGCUGACUCACUUACCACAAUAUCUGCAUCGAAGCCACCCGUCUAUCAUCCAGUAUUAUCAGGCACUUCUAUCUCCCCAGAAAGUCUGAAUUUGAGCACCAAACCAGCAGAUGCCGCUCUGGUAAAAUAUAAGGACGAUAAAAUUCAACAGUUAAAUCAGUCACAACCAGUCCAACUGCAACAACAAUCGGCUAUACAACCGACAUCUCAACAAGGUCAAACACACUCCCAGUCUCAGCAGUCUCAACAACCUCAACAGCCCCAGCUGCAGUUACAAUUGCAAACUGCGACACAACAACAGACUCAACCCCAGUCACAUCAGCAGCAACAACAACAAUCACAGUCACAACCGUCAUUAGCUCCAUUGCCGCCACCAUCUACGCCAACAAGCAGUGUUCUUCCAAUGGAAACUAAUACGAUGAAAGGUCCGACCAGUAAUCAGGAAGCGGCGGAAAUGUUGCUAGAUUUUUCAGCGCCGAAGGAGGUUACUAAAUUGACGACAGUGCCUGAAAGAGCAUUGGUUCAGGCAGCUCCUGCACGGCGUAACACUCCUCCUCCACCACCUCCACCACCGCCGACCUUUCCGCCGAGUCCAUCACUCAGUCUUCACAUCCUUAAGAGUCCUGCACCUUCGCCUCGAGUUAUACCGCCUUCACCACACUCGGCCUCACCGUGCAUCACCGACGAUGAGUUGAUGGACGAGGCUGUCGUCGGUAUGGGCAAAUGAACCUUACUCGUCAUUUAUUGUUAAUUACUCAAUCUCUGCAGCCAUUUCCGUCAUUCUUUGUUCUGAUCCUUACUCCUUUUUCAAUGGCGAAUGGCGAAUGGUGGAUGCUCACUCUCACAGGCACGGUUUUUCCAAGAAGACAAUCAUCGUGCGCGCUGCUCGAACACUGAACCUGACUCGAAUCAGUGGCGAUUUAACCCUUCGAAGAAAGCUGUUCAAUGGGCGAGCGUGGUCAUUACGUGAGAAUGUCUCAUAGGACUCUCAGAAUCGCAGGAUGCUGAAUUCCUACCCGCCGAAGGUGUACAAGUUCAACAUAUAUAUAUAUAUAUAUAUAUAUAUUUAAGUAAGUUGUGUGAAACAGCAGAGGGUCAAUGUAUCCAGAUGUUUGCAAACACACGAUAUUGUCCUCGUAAUUGAAUUUGUAUAGAAAUGACGAUAUACUAUUAAAAUUGUAUUAAUUUUUUCUUU